GCCUCUUAGAUAAUUAGAUAAACAUAACCUAACUUUAUAUGCAUAAUAGUUUAUUAUUAUCUGCAGAUGUUGGGCUUAACAGAUUUAGAUUCAAAUUUUAUAAAAUGCAUUGGGUUUUUGCACGCAAGCGACAGUCUAACAGUGGGAGACCAGGUGCCCUUGCAAUUAUUCCUGGAAGAAGCCAUCAAAAGCAAAACUGGCCACAGCAAAGAUUUAACACAUUACGUUACGGGGUGUUUAAAGCAAAGACGAGUUGACGAUCUUAAAAUAAACUAUGAAGAAAGUAAACAGUCAAACUCCGAUAAUGAACUGGAGCUCGAUUUAUUAAAGGAAGAUUUAAUGUGUAUUGUUUGCAAUGAAAUGGACGUUGGAGCAAGGAACAGACUGCUGGAGUGCUCCGACUGUCAUUCAUUGUAUCAUCAAGAGUGUCACACACCUGUUGUGACUCUGGAAGACUCAUUCGACACAUGGGUUUGUCAGAAUUGCAAGGAGGCGAGUAAAAAGAAGCAACAAAAUCACUCCAAUUUGAACCCCAUUGUCACAAGCGCUCCAGUAACACCAGCCAGUUCAUCCAGUUCGAGCUCCUCAGGACAUCAACAUUCUUCCUCCUCAUCAAAGCGAGACUCAAAAUCUAGUUCAUCCCACCGUCAUUCCUCAAACAGUUCCUAUAAAUCUAGCUCUUCCAAGGAUAAGGAUAAAUAUAAAUCAAGCUCAAGUAAAAAUUCAUCCAGUAAGAGCAGCUCUUCAAAUUCAUCAUCCAGCUCCAGGAAUAAUGCUCCACAACACAAUUUAAACAUUAUUAGCGCUGACAAGAGGCUGCAAAUUAUGAAGAAAAAAGCAGCCAAGUUACAGGAAAAGAAAAAAUUGACCAGAUAACAGUUACAGUACUUCUAUUAGUUUUAUUUAAUUCUUUUUAAUGUACUGUAUGUACAAAUUUACCUUUUUAUUUAAUUGACGAUAUUUUAUAUUUAUCUUCAGUUUACUCAGUUACAAUUCUUUUAAUCGAUUUUUAACUAAAUAACGUUUAUUUGUUUACUUUUUAAACUUAAAAUCUUCGUUUAUCUGGUGUCUCAUUAAAUGGAAUUUAUUUCAACUACCAGAUUGUAUAUAGCUCCUUGGACUAUUCAUAAAUGUAAAAUUAAAUGAUAAAUAAGAAAAUAAAGUAUUCAUUCGGGUA